GUAUCCGUGAAUUACCGAGUACAGCAUGCGUACACAAAGUCAGUAAAAUGGCAGCUUCUAGCUUAGAGUAGUAAAUUGGAUCUAACCUUUAGUGAGCAGUAAGACAAUACGAAGAGUCUGGUUCACGAUGAGCGACCCGUCUAAUGCCUCAGCAGCCAAGAAAAAGAGUAAAAAACGCAAGAAGAAGACCAAAACACAACAGCAGGGCGAGGCUUUGGAGAUCAACAAUGGUCAACCCGCUCACAAGGCACAGCAGUCAACGGACAAAAGAGACCAUUUUGUAAGUACGUCCAAGUGCUAUCGUUGUAAGGGCAUCUUCAGACAUGGAGUAGCAGCCGUCAUUCCGAAACAUGCUAACUGGAUGUGUCCGUCAUGUGACCCGACAGAGGAGAGCACCUCCACUCAGUUAGCUAUCACCAACUCAGCUGCUGCCGCCGCUGCUGGUGGUUGCAACUGUGCUGCCUGUGUUGCUAAGAGGGAGAACUCUGUGACCCCCGAGGUGGAGAAGGAAGCACACAUCACACAGACACAGUGGAUGGAGAUACGACAGAUUGUGCGCUGUAUCUAUCGAGAUAAUAUGAUGCUCUCAAGUCAGAGUAACAGAGCCUCCAUUGGCUCAGACAAGAUGAGGCUGAUUGUCAACAAGCUUUGCUCUCGAGACCCUCACCAGUUCUUCCAGAGACUAGAGACCCUAGCAAGGGAGUAUCUAUUGGAGGUCAAAGUGCGUCUCCUGGAGCAACUGUCUUGUGGUUUCAACUCGCCUCAGCUGGCUAUAGAGUUCAUACAAAUGUUGUUGGAUGAGUAUGGUGCUCUGUGUAAUGCCCUGCCUGCCCUGCUCUACCUGCUGGAGCCACUGGAGGCUUGUGAGUAUGUGCAGAAACUGGGCAUGACCAUUGAGCUCAUGAACAAGAACAUCUUCAGAGAGCUCAUCUUUGCUGAGAGCUUCAUGAGCUCCAACCUUCCUCUCAUCAUAGCCCAGCUGAGACUGGCCAGCCUUGCAUCAGAUACCUGCCAUAGGAGCACUGCAGACGAGCUCAGCCAGAGGUAUGUGGCUCUUGAUCGAGAGAUGCAGGAGGUGUGCCUCAUCUGGAGGGCAGCCAAAGACCAGAUCAGUUGUUAUCAGGACCAGCAACGCAAGAAACUAGAAAGGAAAAAGGCUCAUUUUGAGAAGAUCAUUGCUGACGGAGAGUCCUUCAAGCAACUCAAAAGACAGACACAGUGUGCUGUUGCAGCUGAUGGUGGGGACAAGGAGAACGCACAACCAGGGUCCAAUGAAGUGGAGGCUCUUAAGACCACACUCACUACAGACACACCCACUAUGCCUGCCUCCAUCCACUCUGUGCUCACCUCUGUGGCGGAGGGUGGGUCAGUGAAGAGCAAGCAAGCGCUCGAGUGGUCUCGCCUACUCUUUAAGUGUAUCAAGCCUGUCGGGGAACCUGAGUUUAGGCUCAAUGGUGAUAUUGCCACUCACACGAUCACCCUUCACUUGGACAUGACAGAGUUGGACCUCACCUCCUCUAAGCCAGUGUGUACACGAGGUGACUUGUUGAGAUACCGCAGACUGGGUCUGAGUGUGGAGGAGGUGGUGGAGGUCACCAUGAAGCUCAACACUCUCAGGGCCCUCGGAAUCAACCUCAAGAUUGAAGACUUGUUUGACAAUGAGGGGUUUUCCCUGAGUGAUAUCAACGACACUCUGGUUGGCACGGAGACGCUGGAGGCCAGUGAUAAGAUCUACUUCAUUGAUGAUGAAAUGGAGGCAUCGCGUAGUCAAGAGAGGGCGGCUAGAAAUGGAGGGGAAGAGUCAAGUGAGCCAGUCCUCUCAGCAGAGGAGGAAGUGGACCUCCACAGAACAUGGGAGCUGAUUGUGCAUCGUCAGGAGUGUAAUAAUGGACGAAGCCGACAGCACGACUUCCUGCAAGGCAUGACCAUGAAGAUACGCUUCAUGAAGAGGCUCACUGUACAAGACCUGGACAAGAACUUUCUAGCGGAUGGAGGGCGUGUUAUAUUCAAUGCUUGUGAUCAGGUGCAAAUGAAGUUAACACAACUGGAGCUCAACAGUGUGAGGGUGGUGGCUGACGUCAACUGUGUUGGUGAUGAGCUUGGCCUACAGAGUGAGGUCAAUGGAGGUCCUGCUAUGAACACACUGAGCAGUGGGGACAAGAGUGUGGAGGACCUCAUGUUUGUCCAUACUGACUCACACAAAGAGUUCAUGGACUUACUGCUGGAGAAGCGUAAGCAGCUCGAGUCACUGGUGAGCAGCAAGCAGCGAGAGAGGAACGCCCAGGAGGAGGUAGCAAAGGAGGAGAGGAACGCCAAGGAGGAGGUAGCAAAGGAGGAGGAGAAGACACUGGAAACUGAUGACUCGGCCCUACGAUAUGAAGUGAGGGAACAGCAGGAGUCCUCGUUACCCCCAGUGCAGCAAGAGUCCUUGUUACCCCCAGUGCAGCAAGAGUCCUCAUUACCUCCAGUGCAGACUGUAGAGAAACCUGUUCCAGAGUUCAAACCUGUGUACUUGGCAAACUCUAGUCAACCUUGUCAGUGUUCAGCUUGUGUUGGAGCUAUGGCCGCUACCAUCCGGCCAGUCUACACCCGCCCCCUCAACCCCACUGACCCGAAUGCUACUAGUCUGAGCUCACUCACUGCACAUCUCGACUCCAUCAAACUAUUGGAUACUGAUGAGGAUGACAAAACCAAGUCUGACAAAGGGCCCAAGAAAAGACCCCCACACCCCAUGACUAAGGAAGGACUGUGGCAGAACUGGAUGUCAACUAGUGGGAGUGCACAGAUCGAGAGUGAGGUUCAGCAAAUACAGAAUGGAUCGUCACAUCACCAUCAUCACCAUCAUCAUCAUCACCAUGCACACUACAACUGUUGCCAUGGUGACGGUGCCGAGGGAGACUCGGGAUACGGGGACAGCAUCAAGUCAUGUGAUUGCAGACAUGAGCAUCAGCCUCCUAACUCGACCACACCCACUGGCCCCUCCCCCCACCCACUCACUUGCUCAGCGACACACAACCACACUGGGUCUCCUGUUACCGCGACGACCACGGCCUGUCAGGCCUCUGCCCCCUCACACGGUACGGGGGGUACUGAUGCUGCUGGGAACUCCGAGUCGUCACGGCGAUAUUGCCCCUGUUGCUACUGCGAGCUGUUUGGACACAACGGGCCACCCACUGCCCCUACCAGCCACAACUUCACCAAACAGAGGGACAAGAUGAGAGCCAAACUGGAGGACAAGCGCAAGAAAAGAGAUCCCGGUUCCUCCAAGGGACGCAAAGGUGGCUGUGAUAGUGUGGGUAAUGAGACCUCGGUGGAGGAGCUACUAGCAUUCAUUGAGGGAGAUGAAGACAAUGAGCCUCACACGAGCUCACGUGCUGCCAAGAGACAGAGGAGGAAACUUAAGAAGCUGGCUACCAGCAAGACAGAGGAGCCCCCUCAAGGUAAUGGAGGCCCACAGUCUCAAGAGCAGAACCUCACCACUGACCAGGAGUCUGAAACACUAGCCCAGACUGAUGGAGAGGACACUGCUGCUGAGGGGUUGGUGGAGAAUGGCAAGUGUGAGGACAUGAAGUUGAGUCUCUCCUCUACUGACAGUGACCUGAGUGGAUCUGAUAAUGAUGACUAUGACGAUGAAUUGGAGGAGUUCAAAAAGUUCUGUUUUGCUCCUGCACCAGUUGAGAACCGCAAGAAGAUUGCCAUCUCACUCAACAUGAACUCUUUCAUGUCUAAGCUCAAAUAACUCGUCCAAAAGAACUGAUUUUUUGCUGUCAUAUCAGCUAUUACAAUGUAGUGUCAUUGCUCGUACUGAUUAUAUUGAUACAUAAUCUAUUGUCAGUAAAAUAAUGAUCUUAUAUAAAUUAUUAUUGAUGAACAAA